AUGCUCCUUUGUCCGCAGCUGCCGCGCUCGGCCUCCGGGGAGCCGCGGGGUCACGGCCGCGUGGGUCCCAGCGCCGCUCUACGGCCGGGCGGGAGCGCCGCCGCUUCCUCCACCGCCUCCUCAGUCGCCGCCGCCUCCCCCGGCCACUGCCCGCGGCGGCUCCUCCCCGCCCGCCGCCCCCGCCCCUUCCCCUCGCCGCCUCCUCUCCUCCUCCUCCUUCUCCUCUACCUCGCCGUCUCCGCUCCCCUCGCCGCCCGCGGCUCCGGGAAGGAGUGGCGUGCUCGGGGACCUGCGCCGCCCGCCGUGGAGCCGGACCUCCAGUACCUAGGCGCUCCUGGCUUCCGGGCCGGAGUUGUGGGGCAGCGGGAGUGCCGUAACUCGUGGGGAGGGCGGAAGAAAGUUCUAGUCCAAACUCCAGCCACGGUGGUCACUCUCGCAAUUCUCUCCGCCGCCUUCAGACAAAGGCGCCCCGUGUGUCCCUGGGGCCCGCGCGUUCCUCCCGGCGAGCCCCAGUCCUGGGCUUGGGGAGAAGGGAGGAGAGCAGGGCUCAAUUUCUUUGGAGAACACAAGAAAGAGUGCCCCAAACCAACAGCCUUCAAAGGAAUCGCCUUCCCUCCUCUCUGCAGAGAUCUCGAACCUCCUCUAGGUACUGCGUAG